AUGGACAUUCCCACCGCAUUUAGCAUGGCAGACACUCUUGCCCCAAUCCCCACGGUCAGCACCAGCACUUCCAUUGUGACCGCCACGCAAACUGUCACCGAAACCGUGACCGAGACCAUACAGAAGAUUAUGGAAACCACCCUGUCCAGCGCACUGCCUCGCGGGAGGCAUGUACAACGCAGGAUGCCGUCAAUUCCGGCGCGCAUACUCACUACUCUCGCUCCCACCUACUCACGAGCAUUUGGUCGAUGGGGUCAAAACAAUCCUGUGCUUGCUCGCUUUAUCCUCGCAUCUGGUGGCAUCUUGGCUGGGACAAAAUUGUACAGGUUAUCCAGGGUGAUGCUCGCGCGUGCGAGGAACUUUGCACGUGAGAGGAAACGCUUGCGGAGAGAACGGCGAGCGCGACGCGUACAGGAAGUACAGAAUGAGGAUGAUGAGGAUGAUGAGGAUGAGGAUGAUCAAUCGGAUCGAGAGUCGGGAGGAGCCGAGGAUAUGCACGACAAGGAGCUUACCGAAGACGAGCAGAUACAAUCGGAUAUAGAACAGCAGGAGAAAGACCGUGAAGAACAAGAGAAUAUAGUGUUGGGGUCAAAGAGUAAGACUUCGAACGCAGGUACUGCGACGUUGCGUCCGACUGCUCGAGUAGGUGUCGAACAUGAUGCAAUUGCAUCACCUCACGCACAACCAGCCACGGAAGGUUUUCACAGCAUGAACCCUAGUACUCCACAAACUCCAUUAACCCAAAAACAUCGCGACCAAAACGAAAUGAAGGGUUCGUCCGCUGCUGGAGGGCAUCAUGAUCGGCCUCAGGGCGAGUCUUCGCAACCCGGAGCUCCUACUCCGACUAUCACUUCAUUGAGCUCACAAUUGCUAGCUAAGACAUCCGAGAUUCGAGAACUUGCCAAAAGUCAAAUGACAGAACACAAGCUUGGACCUCAUGAAUACAAGCAACAGUUAGCCACAUUGUGGGCAGAAUAUGAAGUGCUGAAGAAACAACGAGGAGAAGAGCAUGCAAAGAGAGCCGCAGAGUUAUCGGCCAGGAAGAUCCAGAUGUCAAGUUCGAAAACUCUGGGUUCAGUUGCAUCAGGUACCAAGCGCAAGCUCUCACUGCACGCCGAGAGCCUGGAAGAGGCGAGUGAGCGAAGUAAAACGCCUCGAUCGAGCCCUCUGGACGAUAAACUGAAGUUGGACUUGGGCAAGAAGCCUUCACUGCUGCCCUCACGCAGCCUGACAAGUGGGAUACCUAUAGGCUCACCACUCCGACCAUCUUACCCUCAUCGCGAGAGCGGCGGCAACACCAUACCUGCGAAUCCUUUGGAUAAUCCUCCUCACUUGCCGCCUCCUGGCGGACCUCGUCGCGCACGGAACAUUACGGCUUCACUGCUCAACAACGGUUUAGUUUCUACAGCCAUUCCCUCCUCCCCCAGCGGUAGCCAGACCGCCACACCCGCAUCCCUUCAAAGUACACUUCGCACGUCGGAAAUUCCAGUCCCGUCACCCAAUGAUAACCGCAAAGGAAAACAUCCUCAGAGACCCGAGCCCAGCACACCUGCACCGGGUCGAAAAAGCGCGCGAAGUACUAGAAACACCAAAUCCAUGAACGUGAACACUCUCAGCAAGCGCUCGGUCUCUCCUGAGAAAUCUGACGAGGAGCAAUCUGGACAAGCGUCGCAAGCGUCGCCGUCUGUGAAAGAUGGUAAGAGGAGUGUCAAGAAGAGAGUUCGGAUAAACUCUAAACUUCUAAAGCAUGAGGAGAGAGAAGAAAGGGAGGAAUGA